AUGGGCGUUGAUGAUGGCCUUGAUGUGCUCCAAGUUGAUGACGAUGGCCCUCUCACGGCCAAGAAGGGUGGAAGGGGAGGAGAGGAGAGGGUCCAAUACGUGGAGGUUACCAGUGGGGAGGCCGGUGCUGCAAUACGAGAUGACAAGUUGAUGCUAAAGUUUGUUUCCUGGGAAGUGAAAAGGCCUUGUAAAGACUGUUACAAACAAGACAGACCCAUAUUUGAUCCGUCAACUUCAAGGACAUACAGUACUAUCCCUUGUGUUUCUGCUGAUUGUCUGAGUGCGUCACAUACUUUUUGCAAUUUUAACAAUGGAAAGCGCUGUGCAUAUAAAGUGACUUAUGGUGAUGGAUCAACUUCAGAAGGAGAUUUCAGUUGGGACACCAUUACUCUAACUUUCAGUACUAAAAAUGUUCCUGUAGCAUUUCCCCAAACUGUGAUUGGAUGUGGACACAACAACUACGGAAUCUUUGGUGAGCAAAGCUCUGGCAUAGUUGGCCUUGGAAUCGGAGCUUUCUCACUUGCAGGUCAGUUGAAACCUAAAAUAGGUGGGACGUUUUCCUAUUGUUUGACGCCAAUGUAUGAAGGAGAUGCAAAACCUAGCUAUCUCCAUUUUGGAGAUAGUGGUGAGGUUUCUGUUGAAGGUGCCGUUUCAACCCCUUUAAUCAGAAACAUAGCACGGCCGUCCAUGUACUUCGUGGUGAUGGAAGCAAUCAGUGUGGGAAGCAAGAGAAUAGAGUUUCCCAGAAAUGGUGAAGAUAGAAACAUCUUUAUUGAGUCAGGGACAACGAUAAGUUAUUUUGCCAGAUGA